UCCUCCUCCUCCACCUCCUCCCGCCGCCGCUCCGCCCGCGCUGCCGGCCGGCCGGCGCUCCCCGCAGCCGUCCCCUUUGCGCCCCGCGUCCCCUCCGCCAUGCGGUGCCACUACGAGGUGCUGGGCGUCCGGCGCGACGCCGCCGAGGAGGAGCUGAAGCGGGCGUACCGGCGGCUGGCGCUGCGAUGGCACCCGGAUAAAAACCUAGAGAACGCCGAGGAAGCCGCAGAACAGUUCAAGUUAAUCCAGGCGGCGUAUGAUGUUCUCAGUGACCCGCAGGAGAGAGCCUGGUACGAUAAUCACAGGGAGGCCCUCCUGAAAGGAGGGGUUGAUGGAGACUAUCAAGAUGAUAGUUUGGAUCUGCUGCGCUACUUCACUGUCAGCUGUUACUCUGGAUACGGAGAUGAUGAAAAGGGAUUCUUUACAGUCUAUCGACAAGUUUUUGAACAGAUUGCAAAAGAAGAGAUGGAGUAUAUGACUCAGGAAGAUAUUGAAGAAUUCCCGACAUUUGGAUAUUCCCAAAGUGACUAUGAUACGGUAGUCCACCCUUUCUAUGCAUAUUGGCAGAGUUUCUGUACUCAUAAAAACUUUGCAUGGAAAGAAGAAUAUGACAUACGACAAGCAUCAAAUCGCUGGGAGAAACGAGCUAUGGAAAAAGAGAACAAGAAAACUAGAGAUAAAGCAAGGAAAGAGAGGAAUGAACUGGUCCGUCAGCUGGUAGCCUUUAUUCGUAAAAGGGAUAAAAGAGUACAGGCUCAUAGAAAACUUGUAGAAGAACAGAAUGCAGAAAAACUUAGGAAAGCAGAGGAAUUUCGGAGGCAGCAGAAACUCAAACAAGCCAAGCUUGCUGAGCAGUAUAAAGAGCAGAGCUGGAUAACUAUGUCAGAUCUGGAGAGGGAAUUGCAAGAGAUGGAGGCACAAUACGAAAAGGAAUUUGGAGAUGGAUCAGAUGAUGAAGAUGAACUAGAAGAACAAGAGACAAAAGAAGGCAUUGAAGACAAACUGAGUGACGAGGCUGAAGAAGGAGAAUUUGCUGAUGAUCUCUACUGCCCUGCUUGUGACAAAUUGUUCAAAACUGAGAAGGCCAUGAAGAACCAUGAAAAAUCAAAGAAACAUCGAGAGAUGGUAGCACUGUUACGACAGCAACUGGAAGAAGAAGAAGGGAAAUUUCCUGCAUCUUUGGAUGAUGCAAAUGGAAUAGAUACUAAAGAGGAUGAAGAAACAGAAGAGAUGCCCAAACAAAAGCUCUCCAAGAAGCAGAAGAAGAAACAGAAAACAAUGAUGACUUACGAGGACUCUUUUGAUAAAAGUGCUGAUGAGGAAACAGCUGAGCAAAAGGAGGUGCCAUGUGUGGACAAGGACAGUGGUUCAGCAGAGGAGUUGGUAAAUGAUGGCCAAAGAUGUGCUGUGUCAGAGGAAACAAGUGCUACAGAAGAUAGCCAAGUAAAUGAAGCACAAAGUGAAGUGAAAAGCAGUGCUAAGCCUAAAGGUAAAAAAGCCAAGGAUGCAAAAAAGUCUGCCAAGGCAUCUUCAGAGCACCCAACAACGAAUGAAGUUCCCAUUCACUGUGUAACCUGCAACUGUGCAUUUCCAUCCCGAAAUAAACUGUUUGAACAUCUGAAAUUGACAGGACAUGCAAAAGCAACACAAGCACCAGCUGUAAAUGGAGCUGUACACACCAGAAGCAAAAAAGAGAAACGUAAAAACAGAUAGAACUUAGAUACAGUGACAGUCUCCGGGAUCAUACAUGAAAAAUCUCCCAAAAUGGAGAGGUAUGCAUUGGCUAUAUUUUGAGGUAAACAGAGCACACAACUCCAACUUUUGGAGGAGGAAGGAAAAAAAUGUAACAAAAGGAACGUUACCUUGUGAAGCAACCUGUGCUUUUGUUUGUUUUUACCAGCCUUUACUGACUGAAUUUGGCCUACCCUUCCAGCAGCUUUCAUGUUGAAGGGGAAAAAAUAGUGAUUCAAAGCUAGUUGCCUUGCAUUCUUGUUGAAACUUGCAUGGAUGCAACCUAUGCAGAGGAAAUAAAUUAUUUUAACACGUUGCUA